GACUUCCACAACACUACAGUCAAAAUCAAAACAUUAGCUGCAUUUCAUUUGUUCGUUCAAAGUAGUCUUUGGUUCAAAGCGUCACAUGUUAAACGAAUUACUGAAAAGUAGAAAAUAUGCUGGUGACAUUGAAGGCGUUUGCAUUCAAGUUUCAGGCUGCUUUGUUUGUGGUGAAGACCAUGACUCGGGGAAGUGUCAUUUCUUACGUCAUGUGGAGCCGAUUGUCAGGGUGGAAGACAGCAGGAGCCUCACGUACGCCCGCCUCUCUCUGCCGGCCAGCCUGGAGGUGCUGGAUUCUGCGGACGGGACGCCCGCCGUAGUCGCUCGCACCACGUUCGCCAGGGGCACUCAGUUUGGUCCCUUCAAGGCUCGACACCUCUCGGAGCUGUCUUUCACAACAGAAUUUCCUAUCAAGGUUUUCAGAAGCUUGGGCAAAGAUAAUGACGACGGUUGGUUUCUGGACACCAGUGACGAGAACUCUUCCAACUGGAUGUGCUUGGUUUCACCAGCAACUUCUCCCAAGAAUCAGAACCUCAUGUGUUAUCAGGACAGUUCCCACAUCUACUAUGUAGCACUGAAGGACAUUCAGCCCGGGGAGAAACUGUGUGUGUACUACGCACCGUACUACGCCGUCAAAUUGGGAAAGUUGCCUUUUCAGAUAAACGGCCCUACAAAGAAAGAUUCUAAAUCAAAGUUAAUUAAUAAACCAGAAAAACAUAAAGAAAAUGAAGAAGACAAAAGACUUUACAAAGAGAUGUUGCUGAACAAGGAGGUGGCGAGCAGGCUGGCGGAGGGGCUGCCCGCCAGCCGGCUGGGGGCGCGGAAGGCCCCGGAGAGGUGGCGCUGCCGGCUGUGCGGCGUCGGCGAGGCCGGCGUGGUGAAGCACGCCAGGCACCUCAUGUCCCACUACAAGCCCCUGCUGGCGCGCGCCGAGAAGCCUCGCUGCCACGCCUGCGGGCUGGCCCUGCCCACGGAGAAGCUUCUGGUGCGUCACAAAGUGGAGAAGCACGGGUUGAAAUUGAAGAGAUGGUGUCAAGCUGGCGUGAAGAAACAACAGGAGCGUAGGAAUGACGACAGAAGCGUGUCCAAAGAUGAAGCGCCCCCAUCUUUCUCGGGGAAAACUCCAGUUUCUCCCAGGGAGGUGCGAGCACCGAUGCCGUCGAUGGAGGCGCAGUAUUCGCCCCAACAAAUGGCGUCCUCGUCUUUGGACGUGCCUGCCACGUCUCAGGAGAUGCAGGUCUCGUCCGUGGGCGGAGGUUUCCGCGACGGGUUGGCAGCAUCGUCGCGCGAGCUGACAGUCGCGGCCUUGGACGACGAGGAGCAGCGGCAGCCUUCGACGAACGCACUCCACCUUGUGCCUGAAGAGAUGCAGGUCUCAUCCUCCGAACUGCAGUCUUCGUCGCAGGAAACGCAGACCAUUUUGUUGACAACACUGCCUGAGCCAUUAUUCAACAACCAGUCGUUGAGUGCCUUGCUGCAAGACGGGCAGAGCGAUGCCAUCAAGUCGUUCUUCGCACAAUACCAGGAAGACAUAAGCGGGGACCUCGCAGUGGGCUGUGCUGUUAAAGCCGGCCACGAGACCCUCCAGGCGGGUCUGGCCAAAGACUCCCUGUCGAACUUCGGGCUGUCCUCCGGCGAGAUGUUCCUCCAGCAGGACGCGUCGUCGGAAUCCGGCUCCAGGAAGAACUUUGAAUCGGCGGACACCCUCAACCACAUUUCAGACCCGACUUCGUCGUCCUUGGCCAACAUGUUGGCGCGGGAGGAGGAGGACGGGGUUUCCCACGUGCACAUCAUGAUAAUGACCCAAGCGCACGAGGAUGGCUACAGCCUGAACCUCACAGCGGGCCAGGGGGAGCCGUUCCAUGCGGAGCAAGACCAGGCGGAGGUGCAAGCGCGGAACGGCUCCGUGGGAGACGUCAGCUGCGCUCAGCAAACUGAAUCGGCCGAAAUGUCAGCGAAUGGUGUUUUGGCAGCCAUGCCGCAGUACGUACUUACUCUGCAAGAUGAAGAGGCCGCCAAGAAGAAGGAUGAAUCUGGGCAGUCUGAUAAAGUCAAGAUUAUUGGCAACACUGCACAGCGGGACGGUCCAGCGUCGUUGCCCGGGCUGCUGGAGCAAGGACCGCCGUACACUUGCGACAUCUGCCAGAAGGAGUUCCACUGCUCCGAGUACAUCUACCGACACCUGCGUAAGCACACCGGCGAGUUCAUCUGCAUCUCCUGCAAAGUGGUGUUUGCCCGCAAAGAGUCUCUGGUGAACCAUUCUUGUUUUGCUGUGUUCGGCUCCAAGAGUUUUACAUGUGCCCACUGCAACAAGACUUUCUCUCUUAAGAAGAAGCUAAACAGGCACAUGCUCAAGCAUACAGACGCGCACACGUGCAAGGACUGCCGGCGCGUGUACGGCUCGGAGAAGGCGCUCGGGGCCCACCGCUGCGACAAGGGGGCCCGGGAGCCGGGGCCCUACCGCUGCCCGGUAUGCAGCAAGGAGUUCCAGCGCCGCAGCAACCUCGACAAGCACCUGCCGCUGCACGCCGGGGCCCGCCCCUGCGUCGUCUGCGGCAAGAAGCUGCGGGCCGGGGGCGUCGCCGGCGCCCACGAAGCUCUCUGCACCCAGGGCAAGGUGCUGGAGGCCACAGGCAGCACGCCGUGCCCGCGCUGCCCGGCAGUCCUCACGCAGCUGGCGCAGUACAGGCAGCACGUGUACCGCCACUCCCACCCGCUCAGCUGCGACGCCUGCGGCCGUCGCUUCGCCGAGCCGCGUGUCAAGAACUCGCACGUGUGUCCGGGGGAAGUUCUGUGCUGUGACGUCUGUCGGGAGCAGUUCUCGACGCUCGCAGACUUCCAGUCGCACCAGCUGUGCCACGGCGUGCCGCGGUUCCACUGCUACGAGUGCGGCUGCAGCUUCCACAACUCCGAGAGCCUGUCGAGUUGCUGCCACAAGGCGAACGCCGUGAGGCAGCCCAAGAAGUCCCGCGGCGGAGCCGAGGCGUCGGGUGGGGCCGGCGCCCGGGACGCGGAGAGGGCCCUCAUGUGCCAGGUGUGCGGGGAGACCUACAAGACUGCGGCGAGCCUCAAGUCGCACAUGGUGCUGCACGGUGAACGCAAGUUUGAGUGCGAGGUGUGCCAUAAACGUUUCUUCCGGAAGGAUGUGCUUCAGGAACACCACUCCGUGCACCAGGAAGCCCAGUUUCCGUGCCCAGAGUGCAACAAACUCUUAAAGACUAAGAAGUCUUUGGAUUUUCAUAUGAUGCGACACACUGGAAAAAAGCGGUUCGCGUGUUCCAAGUGUCCUAAGGAGUUCUUCCAGAAGGCCAACCUGAUCAAGCACUCGGCCGUCCACGAGCCGGCGGCGAGCCGGCGGCUGACGUGCCGGACUUGCGGCAAGACGUUCUCAUCGCGGGAGUACUUCGCACAGCACGAGCUCGAGCACACCCAGGGCCGCAUAUUCCAGUGCGACGUGUGUGGCAAGAGCUUCAUCAAGAAGCACCUGCUGAAGUCGCACGUCAAGAAGCACCACGGCCAGCAGAGCUACCUGUGCCCGUACUGCAACGUGACGUUCGUCCACUGGAACUCCAUCCGCAGGCACCUGCAGUCCCAGCGGCACAGCAGGCAGCAGGGCCGGUGCCCUUCCCCCGGCUUCGCGGACCACCAGCUGCUUCAGAGCGAAGUCGCAAGUGCGGAGAUACUGUCGGUGCCAGCCGUGCCUUUGCAAAUGGCGGGAGUGACCGGCUCCGCCCGGGCGGAGGGGAGCGAGCCUUCCCUCGACCAGUCCACAGUGCUGCUGUCUGCCGAGGACUCGGCCAUGCCCAUGAGUGCGUACAUCCUGGAAGAGGGCUCCGUGAUCCAGCCAGAGGCUGGGGAAGGGGGCAUCUUGUUGUAUGUGCUGGACGCCGUGCCCUCGACGGAUGCCUACGAGGAACUGGCCUGAACGCGAGACAUACGUGGUUGCAACCUCUGACGAAGCGACUCCCAGCUCUGCUUCCCCGCGGAAUGGAUACGUGGUGUGUUCUUGCAGCGUCAGAAAGGCUCAAACGUGUAUUGUUCAGUCACACUUGUUCAACGUGCAUUCGAGGGGUUAAAGAGCAAGUGCUGUGCAAGAGCUGUUACAUCUGUGCAAAAUAACCAUAAGUAUCCAUUGGCUGAAUGGCAUAGAAUGAAGAAGUAAGCAUACUUUGCUAAAAUUUAGUAUUAUGUGCUGCUAAACAUUAAAAAAUGAUUAUUUAUCAUGUUUACAAAAUUAUUUUUAUUUUAGACUGAUUUUAUAUAGGCCCGUAUACGACCAGAAGUUGUACAGGAGUAUUUGGAAUGUCAGUUACGUACUUGUAUGUUUUAUUCUGUGGUUUUCUUUUUUAUUGUUUUAAUGUUUUAAAUAUAUCACCCUGUGAAUAUUCAAGCUUCGAUUUUACAUAUCUUCGCAGUUUUAUGAAAUCCAUUUGUAUGUCGGAAUUGUUUAAUAAUUUGUCUGACUGUAUAUUUGUUAAGGCACAUAUGCAUUCUGUUGUAAAAAAAAACAUAUAUUCUUCAAAUAAAGUAUGAGUUUAUUUGUU